GGAAAGACCUUCGCCUGGCCCUCGUCUGGCUUCAACCCCAGCUCCCAUGCUCCCCAGCCACCCUUUCCAUUGAAAGAGCCCGAGUGGGGGGAGGGGAGGGUCAGCCUUGCGGAAGCCCAGAAGGUUGUUCAUUGGCUCAAUUCCACUUUCUAAUUCUUGGCAUUUGUUUUUCUUUCCAUCUCAGAUACACAAAGUCGAAAGCAUUUGAAAUCUUUGCAAGGCAAAAUUUUCUCUUGGGGGAAAAAAAAGAGCGGAAUAACUUGCAGGGAUCAGUCCUGCAGCCCCAGAAAUGGUCCCAUGAAGGAAAAGGCAUCUGGAGACCCACCAGAGUCCUUGGAGCCAUUUGCAGUUGUUCUGCAGGAGAGAGAAAGGAUGGAGACACAACCUUUUGGAAAGGAGGGAAGCGGAAAAGGCCCUUCAGCUGCUCAGCCUGGGAAGGGGGGGAAGCUCUGGACAAGGACUGGGCAGAAGUUCCUGAAGGAGGAAACCAUCCUCCCUUCAGAAGUUCAGCCCUGGAACUUCAUCCAAUACCAGGAGGCUGAAGGUCCCCGAGGACUUUGCAGCCGCCUCCAUGACUUUAGUAGGCGAUGUCUGAGACCAGAAAAGCACACCAAAGCCCAGAUGCUGGACCUGGUUGUUCUGGAGCAGUUCCUGGCUCUUCUGCCCCCAGAGAUGGAGGGCUGGGUGCGGGAGUGUGGAGCAGAGACCAGUUCCCAGGCAGUGGCUCUGGUGGAAGGCUUCCUCCUGAGCCAGGUGGAGGAGCAGAAGGAGCAGGUCGAGUUGCAGUGCUGCACUGUGGAGAUCAGAGAUCCUGAGGGAAAGAAGAACCCACCAAAUCCCCCUCCGCAGCUAUUUUUCAGGAGGAUCCCUUGGGAGGAUCAAAGUCAGGACACCUCAGGAGCUGGCUGAUGUCUCCAGGUCAACGGUCGUGGCAUAGCAAGAGGAUGACACUGCCAGAAGUUUGCUCCCAUAUGACC